UUUUAAUGAAAUUUUUUGAGCAUGUUCCUCAUCAAGUCUAGUUUGUCCAUACCAAAUUUCAGCUCAAAAUUCAAUUGGAAAGGCAUUAAAAUCAUUUUUUGAAGUUGACUGCAUUUUUAUAUAAUUGCUCUUCGCAUAUUGUGCCCUGGGUUCGGUUGCAGGCUGUGUUUGCUUGAUGCUUGCUUUGAGAAAUGUGGUUGAGAUCAAGCUCGGGACAUUAGGGUGUGGAAGCCCGCAUACCUCUGCAGCUGUCUACCCACUUUUUAUCUUUGGGAUUGCUGGACUUAUUUUAAUGCCCUCACCAUUGGAUAUGCUUUUUUUGCUUAGAAAGUCAUUAAUUUGCUCGUCCCGGCCGGCUUUGAUUUGUUUACUAACAAGGUUGAUUGUGGGUGAGAUUGAGAUAUGUUGUAAAAUUGUAACCAAUUCUAUGGAAUUUGGACCCGUGCGGGAAUUCCACCCCGAUUACAAGUUUACAACCGUACAACCGUUGAUCUAUGUCAAUCGUGAUUGCAGUUGACUAUGAUCGACGGUUGCGAUGUAUUUGCUCGGGGUGGGGCAGUUCCCCACGGGAUAUAUGUGGUAAUUGCAUCUUUUCCUUUCAUUGAUG